CAGCAGCGCCCGCCCGGGCCCUUGAGGCGGGCGGACCGGGCCGGGCGCUUCCGGUGUGUGGCGUGCUGGGCCGGAGUGCCCGGCGGCCCCGCCAUGGGCAUCCUGGAGAAGAUCUCCGAGAUCGAGAAGGAGAUCGCCCGCACGCAGAAGAACAAGGCCACUGAGUACCACCUCGGCCUGCUGAAGGCAAAGCUUGCAAAGUACAGAGCUCAGUUGCUAGAACCUUCCAAAUCGUCGGCUGCUAAAGGAGAAGGCUUCGAUGUGAUGAAAUCUGGCGAUGCCCGUGUGGCGCUCAUCGGUUUUCCUUCUGUGGGUAAGUCCACGUUUUUGAGUUUAAUGACCUCAACUGCCAGCGAAGCUGCGUCUUAUGAGUUCACAACGCUGACGUGUAUCCCAGGAGUUAUAGAAUACAAAGGAGCCAAUAUUCAGCUGCUGGAUCUGCCUGGGAUCAUCGAAGGAGCAGCACAAGGGAAGGGCAGAGGUCGGCAGGUGAUAGCAGUGGCCAGGACGGCAGACGUCGUUAUUAUGAUGCUGGAUGCCACGAAGGGUGAAGUACAGAGGGCCCUGCUGGAGAAAGAACUGGAAUCUGUAGGAAUACGGCUGAAUAAAAGCAAACCAAAUAUCUACUUCAAGCCGAAGAAGGGUGGAGGUAUCUCCUUCAACUCAACUGUCACGUUGACUCAGUGCUCUGAGAAGCUGGUGCAGCUCAUCCUCCAUGAAUACAAAAUCUUCAACGCUGAGGUCCUCUUCAGAGAGGAUUGCUCCCCGGAUGAGUUCAUUGAUGUGAUUGUAGGCAACAGGGUCUACAUGCCGUGCCUCUACGUUUAUAACAAGAUUGACCAGAUCUCUAUGGAGGAAGUGGAUCGCCUUGCUCGGAGGCCCCACAGUGUUGUGAUCAGCUGUGGCAUGAAGCUGAACCUGGACUACUUGCUGGAGAAGCUCUGGGAAUACCUGGCACUUACCUGCAUCUACACCAAGAAGCGAGGACAGAGACCAGACUUUACAGAUGCCAUUAUUCUGCGGAAAGGGGCCUCUGUGGAGCAUGUGUGCCAUCGAAUUCACAGAUCCUUAGCCAGCCAGUUCAAAUACGCCUUGGUGUGGGGGACAAGCACAAAGUACAGCCCUCAAAGAGUGGGCUUAACCCAUAUGAUGGAGCAUGAAGAUGUCAUUCAGAUUGUAAAGAAGUAACCCUGUUUGGUGCCUGGCUGUGUCUGUAAUCACUACAAUUGGAGAUGACCACACAAAAACAAAACAAAACAAAAAAAGGAAAAAAAAAAAAAAAGAAAAAGGAAAAGGGAGAUGUGUUCCACAGCCAAGAAAGCUUCUGUGAAGCUCCCUCUCUUGGAGAGGCAAAAAAUGAGGCUACUGUACCUGCAGGUGGGGAUGAGGAAGACGGGUUUUUAUCUGGCAGAAUUUUAAGUGAAAUGGUGUUUCUUAAAAACAAAACCGGAGUAAAUUCUUGUAGAACACAGUUCCCACUGCCGGCAAUAUCCUGCCCCUUGUAGGAUUUGCACAUGGAUCCAUGUGUUUUCCUGCCAGUGGGUUUGUGUGAAUGAACCUGGCCAUAUGCUUGGGGCAGGAAAGCCAAGGCUGAGAGAACAUUGCUAAUGCUUUGCUGCUUAUCCGUUCACUUAAUGUAAGCAUUGAUCAAAAACAGAAACAAAAUUCUCCCUUCCCUGCUCGCUGGACGUGGUGUCUGUGCAGCUUUCACCACUGGACACCACAGUCUCUGCGUUCAAGACAACUCCUGGUGAAUUUAUAAUGGUCUCACUUCAAUUAAUAUAAAAACAUGGCACUCUCUGCCUCUCUUUAGCUCAGCGGUAGGGUUUGUAGGACAUCCUGCUCCAACUGCUACUGAGAGAGAUGAGAAAUGAAACCCUUAAUGCAUCCGGACUGCAGCAGGGUAUGAUCAAAGGGCCGUAGGCUGCAGUGAGGAUUCACUUCUGGCACAUUGCUCGUCGAAGAGCUACCUUGGAAGUUUCCUGUGCCCUUAUCCUGCCCAUUAUGGCCCAAGAGUUUUGCUGGGGAUCCGCUGCUUCUUCAGUCAUGCCCCUAAAUUCCAGUUACAGUUCUUUCGGCUCCAAGAACCAUCCCAUGCCAUGGGUUUUACCCCAGCCCUGUUAAACAUUGUUGCUUGUCUGGCUAUUUUUCCUCAAAAGUCUGGGAUUUUUCUAGUCAUGCUUUUUCAUUGAAUACUGAUGCUGAACAGUUCAGAGUGCCUGAUAGAGAACAGCUCUUUCCUUCUGGGAUCAAGAGUUGCCAAUAGCUUUUAUUUUCUUUCAUUGAAAAAGGGUUCGGUUUGAUGCGGAUUCUUUAACUGUGAAGACAGGUCUGAUAGCAAACUUGUCUGAGCAGGGCUCCUUCCCUGUCCUUUGUGCUCCCGCCACCCCUCACAAACUGAUCGAGCAGAAAUGGAAGGAUUAUUUUAUUUGAGAAAAUAAAA